AGAGGAGGGAGAGGAGGUGAGCUGCGCGGAGGGGGCAGGGCAGGAGCUGCUCGCGUUACCACCGCGCGCUCAGUAACGAGCUGCGCCACAAAGGAAGUCACUUCAGCCGAAGAUGAGACUCGGAUCAUGAGAGAAAAGCGUCAGGAGCAGCACUAAAGUGAAGCGCAGCGCUGAUGGGACAGGUGCACGUGGCACAGGGAGCUCUGCAGAGAUGUGAGUGACGGGGGCAGCUGCUCUGGACGGGACUCUUCUCAUGGGACUUAGCGCUCGUGCAGUGCCCGAUCUGGGAGCAACGUGAGGCGCGCACAUACCUCCAGAAGCAGGACGCGCCCGACAGCUGCCUCGGGCUGAAGCGGACCCGGGCUUCAGUCGGACAGGGAGGACUAUGGGAGCGCUAUGUUGUCCCGGAAAGGACUUAUUCCUGAGGACUAUCUGCUGACCCGCCUGGCCGAGGAUGUGCUGCAGCCCAAGUUCAAGACAAAGGCGCGUAAAGCGCGUUUCGUGGCCAAGAACGGCAGAUGUAACGUGGCGCACACGAACAUUCGGGAACAGGGCCGGUUCCUCCAGGACGUCUUCACCACUUUAGUGGAUUUAAAAUGGAUCCACACGCUCAUCAUCUUCACCAUGUCGUUCCUGUGCAGCUGGCUGCUGUUUGGCAUGGUGUGGUGGCUCGUGGCCUUUGCGCACGGAGAUCUGUACCAAAAGGGGGAUGACUUUGUGCCGUGCGUCACGGACAUCCACUCGUUCUCCUCGGCCUUUCUCUUCUCCAUUGAGGUUCAGGUGACCAUAGGCUUUGGGGGCCGGAUGGUGACAGAGGAGUGUCUGUCCGCCAUCAUCAUCCUCAUCGUGCAGAACAUCGUGGGGCUCGUGAUAAACGCCAUCAUGCUCGGCUGUAUCUUCAUGAAGACCGCGCAGGCGAACAGACGCGCGGAGACGCUCAUCUUCAGCAAACACGCGGUCAUCUCUGUGCGCAACGACAAACUCUGCUUCAUGGUGCGCAUCGGAGACCUGCGCAAAAGCAUGAUCAUCAGCGCCACCGUGCGCAUGCAGGUGGUACGGCGCACGAGCACGCCCGAGGGAGAGCUCGUGCCUCUGGACCAGAUCGAUAUCCACAUGGACAACCCCGUGGGCACCAACGGCAUCUUCCUCGUGUCCCCCCUCAUCAUCUGUCACGUGAUCGACAAGAGCAGCCCCCUGUACGAACUGUCCGCGAGCGACCUCCUGCACGAGGAGCUGGAGGUCAUCGUGGUGCUCGAGGGGGUCGUGGAGACCACCGGCAUCACCACUCAGGCCAGGACGUCCUACGUGUCCGAGGAGAUCCUGUGGGGACAGCGCUUCGUGCCCACGGUGUCCGAGGAGGACGGGAUGUACGCAGUGGACUACUCCAAGUUUGGAAACACGGUCAAAGUGGCCACGCCCUGCUGCAGCGCCAAGAAACUGGACGAAGUGGGAGGAAUAGAGCAGUUUAGACUCACAGAGGGUCUGCCCCCGCGGGGGUCGGUCCGGAGGAGGCGCGGGGCCGCAGCGCGACGCUCCAGGGUAGAAAGUCCCUGAACCACGUGGCGCAGGUGAUAAAGAGGCAGUGUGUCACAUUUAUAUUUAUUACAGCUGAGAGUAAAGUAGAAGUAGCAGAGUGUUCUCAGGGUCAGUGAGGCUGGAGGUUUUCUACAUAAUCA